AUGGCGAAAUUCAUCGGAGUUGCCACUUUUGCUGCCAUCUUGGCUAGCGCUUGCGCUGAUGUCUCUCACUUGGGUUAUAAUUAUCCACAACCUGCCGCUAGUGCACCUGCCAAUACGUAUAUACCACCAGCUGCUAAUGAGCCUGAGCCCGCAUAUGCGCCAGCACCAGCACCAGCUGCUCCAGUCGCAGUCUAUCAACCAGCACCUGCUUCGUCGUACAUUCCUCCUGCUCCAGCUGCCGCUGCACCUGAGCCGGUCUACCAGCCUGCUCCAGCACCAGCUGCACCUCAACCGGUCUACCAACCAGCACCUGCGCCAUCAGCACCUGAUUCUUCCUACAUUCCUCCUGCACCAGCGGCCGCUGCACCUGAGCCGGUCUACCAGCCUGCUCCAGCACCAGCUCCAGUUUAUCAACCAGCUCCCGCUCCAUCUGCUCCGGCUUCUUUAUACAUACCUCCUGCACCACAGCCAGCUGCAUCUGAGGUCUACGAGCAACCCGCUCAGGAUGCCAACGCACCCGAACCUGCUUAUGCACCAGCGCCAGUUUAUCAAUCGGCUCCAGCUCCAUCGUACCAGCCCGCUGCAUCUGCUCCAGUCUCAUCGUACAUUCCACCAGCCGCCACAGCUCCUGAAGUAGCCUAUGCUCCAGCUCCGGGUCCAGUUUAUCAAGGUGCUGCCUCUGAAACCUAUGAGCAACCCGCUCAAGACGGUUACCGUUACCGCACUGUACGUCGUCGUGUCUACAAACACCGUCGUUUCUAAGCUGUGAAUUGAUUGCUGAA